AUGACUUCCAGGCACCAGGAAGACAAUCUCUCCUGCCCCCUCUGUGGAAUUAUCUUCAACCAGCCCGUUGUGCUCUCCUGCAGACACAGGUUCUGUAAAACAUGCCUUCAAGACAGCUGGAGUACCCAGGACAGUGAGGACGACUGCCACUUCUGCCCUCUAUGCUGCAGACGUUCUUCCAUGAAUGAGAUUGUGGUAAACACCAUUCUGGAGAAGACCUGCGAGUCCUUCAGGAAGGAGAUGAGCAGCAGGAAUAACCCUAUGGGGUGUAAGGAACACGGAGAGACACUCUCACUCUUCUGUCUGGACGAUCUGCAGCCCAUCUGUGUUGCGUGCCAGACGGUACACAAGGGGCACAGGGUCUACCCCAUUGGGGAAGGUGCACACGACUGUAAGGAGGAACUCAAAACUGCAUUGACCCCAUUGAAGGAGAAGCUGCAGCUGUUCAAGAAGGCUAUGGUCGUCUGUGAUCAAACGGCAGAGCACAUCAAGAACCAGGUUGAGCAUACUGAAAGGCAGAUAAAGGAUGAGUUUGAAACCCUUCGCCAAUUCCUGAGAGAUGAGGAGGCAGCCAGAUUGAAUGCUCUGAAGGCAGAGGAGGAUCAGAAGAGUCUGCUUCUAAAGGAGAAGAUUGAGGAGAUGUCCAACGAACUGACGUCCCUCUCAAACACCAUCAGAACCGUAGAGCAAGAGAUGAGGUCUCAGGACAUCCCAUUCUUACAGAGCUACAAGGAUAUCAUCAAGAGAACCUGGCAUAUGCCGCUGGAUCCAAAGAUGAUUCCUGGAACUCUGAUUGAUGUGGCAAAGCACCUGGGUUCUGUAAAGUUCAACAUCUGGGACAAGAUGAAGAGCAUCAUUCAAUAUACUCCUGUGACUCUGGACCCCAACACAGCCGCUAGCUGCUUCAUCCUGUCUGAGGAUCUAACUGUGGUCCAGUGCUGCUCCCAGGUCUUCAAGCUCCCAAACAACCCCGAGAGGUUUGACAUCAGUGCUGAGUUACUGGGCUCCGAGGGGUUCUGCUCUGGCCGUCACAGCUGGGAGGUAGAGGUAAAGGCUAACACAUACUGGGUGGUAGGCGUGGCCAGCGAGUCCAUCAACAGGAAGGGCAAGCACGUGCUGACGCCAGCCGAGGGCUUCUGGACUAUACGCUUCCGCAACGGCGAGCACAAGGCGUGCACGGCACCGUGGGCGCCCUUGACCAUGAUGAGGAAGGAGCCGCAGGUCAUCAGGGUGGUGUUGGACAUGGACAGGGGCAAGGUGACCUUCUUUGACCCUCGGGAGAGGACGCCCCUCUAUACGUUUACAGACCUCAUCUCACCCCGGGUGUUUCCGUACUUCUGCACUGCCUGUAAGGAACACCCACUGAGACUGCUGCCCGUCAGGCUGUCUGCUGCUGUGGUGCUCUAGAGGGCUCAUUACUAACAAGCAGUGGAGGCUCAAUUACUUACAGAUAGAUCCAGUUGAGUUUACUACCUAGUCCAAGAUGAUGAAGGCUGAUCACUUGGGACAGUCUGGAAUAAAGCAUGUAAUGGUCUUAUGUUUGUGAGUAUUAUGUGUCUACAGAUGAUAUACACUGAGUAUACCAAACAUUAGGAACAACUUCCUAAUAUUGAGUUGCACCCCUUUUGUCCUCAGAACAGCCUCAAUUCGUCAGGGCAUGGACUCUACA